AAGGAAUCAAGAAGAGACUUUAAAAAUGAAUUGCCUAUCACUGCUCGUGCAAAGGAUAAGUGAACGUGUGAAAAAAGUCAUUAAAACAGCAAGAAUUAAAUAACAGUGAAAUUGCAGAGAAAGAAUGCAUCAGAGAAUUAUAAGACGACACAAAAAAAAACAUGAACUAGACAUCCAAGUGGAAAAGAUGAGAUGAUGCAAUAUACAGAAUGAAAGUAGCAGAGAUUGGUAGAAGAAAACUGGAGCUUUCUAACCUGAAGAAUAUACAGUUUUGAAAACAUACUGCAAGAGUCAAUAUAAAUUAAGAUACACCAUUCCUGGCCAAUAACAGACAAGAUCCACCUUCGAGUCAUCAACAACAGGCUACAAGAUUUAUAGAGCACAUUACGGUAUUUCCUAUUACAAGAACACCCUACUGCUCCUAUUGUCAGAAAGGUUCAUAUUUCUGAUCUGAAGACCACCUCUGGAACAUCCAUUUCUAAAAAUGGCAGGCAAUAACUUUAGUCAAACUUGGUUUGUGAUCAACGAUGCCACAUCUAUAAAUCAAGACACUGAAUUUCAAGUCCAGCAGAUGCAGCUGUUUAAUGAUAGCUGGAAGAUUGCUUUCUUUCUUAUUUUGCUGCUGUUUGUUCUCACUGUAAUUAGCCUGGUUUUAUUAGCAUUUCUCCAUGAACUGCUUCUUUGCUGCUUUUGUACAAAGAGCAAAAGUUUAGAAAGUCUGGAAAAUGAACCCCAAGCUGCAAGAAUUGUGAUGAGUACUAUGAAAAGACAAAGUUGAAAUGGUAUAGAAAAUGAUUUAUCAUGAUAUACAAAUCAAAAUAAAAUAAAUCAUGUCAGAUGGAAAUUUAUUGCCAUUUGAUAUCAAAACGAACGAGAAAGAAUUUGGUGAAAUAGUCAGCAUAGUA